AUGUUGGAGUACGCCCUUAAACAGGAGAGGUCAGACGCGUGCACACAGACACAUGCACACUCCCACUCACUCUGUAGGGCUUGGGUAACACUGCCAUCUUGUGGUUCUUUAUUUUGUGGUUCUUUCGCUCUCUCUGCAGGUCCAAACACCAGAAGCUGAAGACAGGCAGUGACCAGAGCCCAGGGGAGAAGAAACCAGAAACAGAGGCAGAACAAGGUAUGCAGGCUCUAUGUAGACUCUAUGUAUGCUCUAGGCCAGGGGUGUCAAACUAAUUUUGCCCCGGGGGCCGCAUUCAGUCUUCAACGAUGUCCGGAGGGUGGCACUGAAAAUGGUUUAUAUUUCCUCGACGUCCAAAUUUGCAAAAAAUAGUCCUCUAGCCAUAGUUUUUGAUGCUCCCUGACUUCAGUGAUCAUUAGCGAGCUGGACACGGUCAAUAAACUGUAUGAAUGUAGGUCCAUUAUCAUUUCUACACAGUUUUAGUAAUUUUAAAGUAUAUUGAGUUCGCCCCCCCCCACCCCCCAAAAAAACAAAAACAUUAUAAGAUAUUUUUUACUCAAACUACCAGUGGGCCGGAUUGGACCCUCUCGGAUCCGGCACACGGGCCGUAUGUUUGACAUCCCUGCUCUAGGCUAUCAGAAGACGUUAACAUUUUCCAUGUAAAACUAUCGCGGCAUCCCUCUAUGUCAGCUCACUAUAUUUGAUACCAGACUUGGGCUUUUCACUGUGGAGAAUGUCUGGAUGGUCUAAUGAUUGCAUCAGUGAUUGGUUCACUGUGUAGCCUAGAUCUAAUGCAUUCUAAAGCAGAACUAGUAACUUCCCCAUGCUUCUGUUUCCACAUCUGUCCCAGUUAGCUGUGUGGUGGGGGGAGGGGGGGGGGGGGUGCUUGCUUCUGUUACAUUAGAGCUUCCUCCUCUAAUUGACUCUUCCUCUACCCCGCAGUGCCUAAUGGGCCAGCAGAGUCCGAAUCUGAGCCAGCCAAUCAGAUGUCCUGGAAGGAGGGCCGUCAGCUACUGCGCAAGUAAGGCUUCCUCCCCAUAGCGAGAGCAGCACUGUCCUCAAUACUUUUAAUAAACUGUUGAGUCUGAAUGAAGAGGCUAAUCGUGUGUGUCCAUGGUUUGCGUGUGUGUGUGCGCUGUGUGUGUGUGUGUAGGUACCUGGAGGAGGUGGGUUACUCGGACACCAUCCUGGACAUGCGUUCGAAGCGUGUACGCUCCCUGCUGGGUCGUACCAGCCCCGAGGCUAACGGGACCCCGGCCAGCAGCGAGCAGCAGCCCCCCCCAGACCCCGAGCCCCUGGCAGGGGGGGAGUCACUCCUCAUCAGACAGAUAGAGGAGCAGAUCAAGAGGUGAGACCCCCAUACACAUACCCCUGUCCUCGGUGUAGGGUGCUGUGGACAGUGAUGAAUCAAAGCUUGUCUCCAUAGUAGUCGCUGUGAAGUUGAUCAGUAGUAUGUCUGUGGUGGUGUAUUGCAUAUUUUUGUAAAAUUUCUAUAACUGUCAGUAAUGUGCAUUGUUGUUGGAGUUGUAUGUUGCCUCGGAUAUGUGUGUGUGGGUUGUCUCUGAUGUGUGUGUGUCGGUAGGAACGCGGUGGGGAAGGAUGGUUCUAAGGAGCGUCUGGGCGGCUCGGUGCUGGAUAAGAUCCCCUUCCUACACGGCUGCGAGGAUGAUGAUGAGGAUGACAGUGAUGAGGAAGAUGACUUCCAGGGCAUGGGCACGGACUGUAUAGACGGGCAGCGCAACAAGAACAAGAAGCCCCGCGUUAAGGUCCGAGUACGUCAACACGGCAACAUUUGUGUGUGUUAGAUUAUACCCCUGUGUGUGUUUAUUUGUGUGUAUUAAAGCCCUUCUCUCUCUGUGUGUGUAGAUGGGGACUGAGCCCAUGACCACAGACCUGGACCCUGAUGAUGAGGAGGAUGAAGAUGACUCAGAGGAUGCCCUGAGCGAGUUUGACUUCCUGGGAUCAGGGGAGGAGGGGGAGGGGGCGGGGGAGGCCCGGGUCUCAGGGGACGGCCGGGAGUUAGGUACGCCAUCGUCGUAGCAACCGCCUCAACCACACCUGUCUGUCUCUCCGUCUGUCUUCUCUUUCUAUCUGUCUGUCUAUCCCUCUCUCCCUUCAUCCCUAUCCGUCUCUCUCUUUCUAGGGAGUUAUAUGUUCUGUACUCUCACCUCUACUGCCAAUAAACCAUUGUCUAUGGUGAACCAGUGUCUGUGUGUCUCACUAUCACAUUUGUUGUUUGGAUGUGUGCCUUUGUCAUCCACGUGUGUCUCUAUCUGGAGCAAUGUGUUCUGUUAGCAUAAAGCAUGCUAUUUGGUGUCUGUCUACUUUAUCUCUUUAUCCACCUCUUGGCCUGUCUCUCAGUCCGUGUCUGUUUGUGGGUUUGUCUCUUUCUAUUUCUCUGUUCGCUCAUCAUCUCUCCUUCUGUAUGCAUGGCCAUGUGUUAUUUCGUCCUUUACUUCUCUCUUUCUCCUUCUUUGUCUCUCUCACGCUCUCUGUCUCUCACGCUCUCUGUCUCUCACGCUCUCUGUCUCUCACGCUCUCUGUCUCUCACGCUCUCUCUCUCUCUCUCUCUCUCUCUCUCUCUCUCUCUCUCUCUCUCUCUCUCUCUCUCUGUCUCUGUCUCUGUCUCUGUCUCUGUCUCUGUCUCUCUGUCUCUCUCUCUGUCUCUCCCCCCCUCUGCAUGACUGUGUGUGUUUGUGUCUCUCUCCUCUGGCCUGGUUCAGAGAACCGCAGGAACAAGUUACAGGGCAUGAUGUCGGACUUCCCCCCCAAACCCUCCCCGCCCCCCUCUGUGUCGGGACAGUCUCGCUCCGGGGAAGGUAAGACAAUACCCGCCCCCAAAAACUCUCCCCCUCUCCCUGUCUGGUUGUGCCAAAUGUUCUACAAUGUUCUGUGUUAUGUCAUGUUUCAUGUGCUGCGUGGGACCCCAGGAAAAGUAGCUGCUGCUUUUGCAACAGCUAAUGGGGAUCCUAAAAAAAUACAAAAUACCAAAGUAGCUCAAUUGCUUCUCUCGCUCUCGUCUAAAGGGAUACUGCUCUGAAGAGGUCAUUGUUUUAGUAUUAGAAAAAGGGAAGGGAUGUGUUUUUGAUAAGAUUGUGGGUUAAUGUGGUAGUGGGUUUAGUAUUGAUAAGAUUGUGGGUUAAUGUGGUAGUGGGUUUAGUAUUGAGAGCUGUUCUUCCUCCGCUCCUUAAGGUGGCGCUCUGGGCUUUUCCUCUGACGUCUUCAUCCUGGAUGCCGUCGGGGGCGGAGACAUGAACCUGGGAGAGCUGGCUGACCUCACCGUCGCCAAUGACAACGACCUCACCGUGGAUGUGAGUACUUGAACACACGCACACACACACACACGUACAACAGAGACGUACAGUACCAGUCAAAAGUUUGUAUACACCUACUCAUUCCAGGGUUUUUCUUUAUUUUUACUAUUUUCUACAUUGUAGAAUAAUAGUGAAGACAUCAAAACUAUGAAAAAACACAUAUGGAAUCAUGUAGUAACCCAAAAAGUGUUAAACAAAUCAAAACAUAUUUUAUAUUUGAGAUUCUUCAAAAAGCCACCCUUUGCCUUGAUGACAGCUUUGAACAAUCUUGCAUUGUCUCAACCAGCUUCAUGAGGUAGUCACCUGGAAUGCAUUUCAAUUAACAGGUCUGCCAGUUAAUUUCUGGAAUUUCUUUCCUUCUUAAUGCGUUUGAGCCAAUCAGUUGUGUUGUGACAAGAUAGGGUUGGUAUACAGAAGAUAGCCAUAUUUGGUAAAAUACCAUAUUAUGGCAAGAACAGCUCAAAUAAGCAAAGAGAAAACAGUCCAUUACUUUAAGACAUGAAGGUCUGCCAAUACGGACAAUUUCAAGAACUUUGAAAGUUUCUUCAAGUGCAGUCGCAAAAACCAUCAAGCGCUAUGAUGAAACUGGCUCUCAUGAGGACCGCCACAGGAAAGGAAGACCCAGAGUUACCUCUGCUGCAGAGGAUAAGUUCAUUAGAGUUACCAGCCUCAGAAAUCGGCAAUUAACUGCAUCUCAGAUUGCGGCCCAAAAAAAAAAAAAUGCUUCAGUGUUCAAGUAACAGACACAUCUCAACAUCAACUGUUCAGAGGAGACUGCGUGAAACAGGCCUUCGUGGUCGAAUUGCUGCAAAGAAACCACCACUAAAGGACACCAAUAAGUAGAAGAGACUUGCUUGGGCCAAGAAACACGAGCAAUGUAAAUCUGUCCUUUGGUCUGAUGAGUCCAAAUGUGAGAUUUGUGGUUCCAACCGCCGUGUCUUUGUGAGACGCAGAGUAGGUGAACGGAUGAUCUCCGCAUUUGUGGUUCCCACCGUGAAGCAUGGAGGAGGGGGUGUGAUGGUGUGGGGGUGCUUUGCUGGUGACACUGUCAGUGAUUUAUUUAGAAUUCAAGGCACACUUAACCAGCAUGGCUACCACAGCAUUCUGCAGCGAUACGCCAUCCCAUCUGAUUUGAGCUUAGUGGGACUAUCAUUUGUUUUUCAACAGGACAAUGACCCAACACACCUCCAGGCUGUGUAAGGGCUAUUUGACCAAGAAGGAGAGUGAUGGAGUGCUGCAUCAGAUGACCUGGCCUCUACAAUCACCCGACCUCAACCCAACUGAGAUGGUUUGGGAUGAGUUGGACCGCAGAGUGAAGGAAAAGCAGCCAACAAGUGCUCAGCAUAUGUGGGAACUCCUUCAAGACUGUUGGAAAAGCAUUCCAGGUGACUACCUCAUGAAGCUGGUUGAGAGAAUUCCAAGAGUGCCUUGAUGACAGCUUCGCACAAAGGGUGGCUACUUUGAAGAAUCUCAAAUAUAAAAUAUAUUUUGAUUUGUUUAACACUUUUUUGGUUACUACGAAUACACGCGUGUUAUUUCAUAGUGUUGAUGUCUUCACUAUUAAUCUACAAUGUGGAAAAUAGUAAAAACAAAGAAAAACCCUUGAAUGAGUAGGUGUGUCCAAACCUUUGACAGGUACUGUACGUGCUCGCACACACACACACACACACACACCAGUGUUUCCCCUUUAAAGCAAAUUUCCUGCAAUUCUACACAUUUUGCCAUGGCUUAGGCUGUGUUCUUGCUAUCUCAAACAUUAAAACAAAAUCAAUGGCAAAUGACAUUUGGGGAAUUUUAUAUUCUCCCUCACUGUCUAGUUUUUAUUUUGGUAGUUGUUCGUUUUUAAAGAUGAUUUUAUAAAUACAUAGCUCCAUUAUCUUUUUUACGUACUUUAUACAGUGGGGGAAAAAAGUAUUUAGUCAGCCACCAAUUGUGCAAGUUCUCCCACUUAAAAAGAUGAGAGAGGCCUGUAAUGUUCAUCAUAGGUACACGUCAACUAUGACAGACAAAAUUAGAAUUUUUUUCCCAGAAAAUCACAUUAUGGUGGAAAAUAAGUAUUUGGUCACCUACAAACAAGCAAGAUUUCUGGCUCUCACAGACCUGUAACUUCUUCUUUAAAAGGCUCCUCUGUCCUCCACUCGUUACCUGUAUUAAUGGCACCUGUUUGAACUUGUUAUCAGUAUAAAAGACACCUGUCCACAACCUCAAACAGUCACACUCCAAACUCCACUAUGGCCAAGACCAAAGAGCUGUCAAAGGACACCAGAAACAAAAUUGUAGACCUGCACCAGGCUGGGAAGACUGAAUCUGCAAUAGGUAAGCAGCUUGGUUUGAAGAAAUCAACUGUGGGAGCAAUUAUUAGGAAAUGGAAGACAUACAAGACCACUGAUAAUCUCCCUCGAUCUGGGGCUCCACGCAAGAUCUCACCCCGUGGGGUCAAAAUGAUCACAAGAACGGUGAGCAAAAAUCCCAGAACCACACGGAGGGACCUAGUGAAUGACCUGCAGAGAGCUGGGACCAAAGUAACAAAGCCUACCAUCAGUAACACACUACGCCGCCAGGGACACAAAUCCUGCAGUGCCAGACGUGUCCCCCUGCUUAAGCCAGUACAUGUCCAGGCCCGUCUGAAGUUUGCUAGAGUGCAUUUGGAUGAUCCAGAAGAGGAUUGGGAGAAUGUCAGAUGAAACCAAAAUAUAACUUUUUGGUAAAAACUCAACUCGUCAUGUUUGGAGGACAAAGAAUGCUGAGUUGCAUCCAAAGAACACCAUACCUACUGUGAAGCAUGGGGGUGGAAACAUCAUGCUUUGAGGCUGUUUUUCUGCAAAGGGACCAGGACGACUGAUCCGUGUAAAGGAAAGAAUGAAUGGGGCCAUGUAUCGUGAGAUUUUGAGUGAAAACCUCCUUCCAUCAGCAAGGGCAUUGAAGAUGAAACGUGGCUGGGUCUUUCAGCAUGACAAAGAUCCCAAACACACCGCCCGGGCAACGAAGGAGUGGCUUCGUAAGAAGCAUUUCAAGGUCCUGGAGUGGCCUAGCCAGUCUCCAGAUCUCAACCCCAUAGAAAAUCUUUGGAGGGAGUUGAAAGUCCGUGUUGCCCAGCGACAGCCCCAAAACAUCACUGCUCUAGAGGAGAUCUGCAUGGAGGAAUGGGCCAAAAUACCAGCAACAGUGUGUGAAAACCUUGUGAAGACUUACAGAAAACGUUUGACCUGUGUCAUUGCCAACAAAGGGUAUAUAACAAAGUAUUGAGAAACUUUUGUUAUUGACCAAAUACUUAUUUUCCACCAUAAUUUGCAAAUAAAUUCAUUAAAAAUCCUACAAUGUGAUUUUCUGUGAAAAAAAAUCUAAUUUUGUCUGUCAUAGUUGAAAAUUACAGGCCUCUCAUCUUUUUAAGUGGGAGAACUUGCACAAUUGGUGGCUGACUAAAUACUUUUUUCCCCCACUGUAUCUGGUUUUAGUCGCUUAAGUUUACACUGAAAACAUUUUAACCAUCCCCCCACCACAUUUUUUAUUUUUUAUUUGGCGGCAACAAUUUAGCAGUGGCGGCCCGCUGCUGCUAAAUGAAUACCAUCACCAACACUCUGACACCUGUGUGCGUGUAGCUGCAGGAUAACCGGGAGGAGUUCAAGAAGACGUGGAACCCUCGUUUCACGCUGCGUAGCCAUUUUGAUGCCAUCAGAGCGUUGACAUUCCACCCCAGCCAGGCUGUUCUACUCACAGCCUCCGAGGACGGAACCCUGAAGCUGUGGAACCUCAACAAGGCGAUACACUCCAAGAAGUAAGAGCCUAAGGAAUAGCAGGAACAUAACACACGAAUAUCAGGGCCUGUUUUUAAAAAGUGUAUCAUCAAAAUGGAAUGCUUAUCUAGGAUCAGGUCCCUCCUGUCCAUGUAAUCUUAUUCAGUGUGAUUUAAAGGGCAAAACUGAUCCCAGAUUAGCACUCACUCCUACUCUGAGAUGCUUUAUGAAUACAGGCCCAGGAGUGGGAAAGAAACUGAAUGAGGUCUGGUAGUGUGCUAUAACACUGUGCUGUAAUGUGUAAAUGUUUAAAUCGUUUUUGGUCUUUGCCUCCACAGAAAUGCAGCGCUGGACGUUGAGCCCAUCUACACCUUCAGAGCCCACAGGUGAGCUCAGAGCGCACGCGCACACACGCACGCAAACACACACAUACACACAUUUGUUGCAACUAUCACGUGUUUUGGUGUGUUUCUGGUUUAAUAGCUAAUCUUUGAGUAAUUUUGUGUGUGUGUGUACAGUGGUGCAGUUCUGUCUCUGGCCAUGGGAGAGGACGGCGACUCGUGCUACAGCGGGGGUCUGGACGGAACCGUGCGCUGCUGGAAGAUCCCAGACCUCAACGUGGAUCCCUACGACAACUACGGUCAGUCCCUGACCCCUGUCUGACCCCUCUGUUACCUUUCACCUCCAGUCAACCAGUCAGGACUAGCCAGGUUUAUCCCCAGCUAACGUAUUCAGCUCUGAGUCAGUGGAUUACACAUUAUCAUCAAUCAUCACUAUCAUCUCCAUGAAAACAGAUUGACUGACAUUAGGGCUGUGACGGUCAUGGAAUUUUUUGGACCUCCACACAGUUCUUUGGAAGAGGUGUAAUUUCCUCCAUAUUAAAGGGAUAGUUCGAGAUUUUGGCAAUGAAGCCAUUUAUCUACAUACUUCCCCAGAGUUGGAUUAACAGUAACAGCUAGCAUGCUAACUGUUCCUGUAGACAUCCAGUCAUUGCGCUAAUGCUAGUUAGCAAUAGCUCGUGAAUCUACCUCUUACUUCCUUCAUACUGGACGCAAAGACAUAAAAAUGGUAUCCAUGAUGGUAUUCAGUUGUAGCUAGUGAUAUUCAUAAAAGUUAUUGUUUUAAAAAAAAUAACCCCCCCAAAAGAAAAUCGGGGACCGCGGACCCCAGUUUGAAAACACCUGACCUAGGCAACCGAAGACUCGUUUGCUACAACACCUUGCUUGUUUCAGCAAGGAGCAAUAAAGUUUCAUCACGUUGUAGAAUCCAUUUGUGUGUGUGUGUGUGUCUCUUUGUUGUGUAGACCCGGGCAUAGAGAGCAGUGUGUUGUCGGGUCAUGAGGACUCAGUGUGGGGUCUGACGUACUCUGUCCCCCACCAUCGCCUGGCCUCCUGCUCUGCAGACGGGACCGUUCGCAUCUGGGACCCCCAGAACUCUGCCCCCUGUCUCUCCGUCUUCAACAAGGAGAAAGGUGAGUGUGUGUGUGUGUGUGUGUGUGUGUGUGAGUGAUAUCUUAACUCUCUCCUCCCCCCUCCCUCAGAGCACGGAACACCAACCUCAGUGGCCUUUGUGAACUCUGACCCCGACCAGGCGGUGGUGUCAUUUGACGGCGGCGAGACGCUGCUCUAUGACCUCAACACAGAGCAGAGCAUCAUGGUCCUGGAGACCGGGACUAAGGACGGUGAGUGCUAGGGCAUGUUCUAAUAAUGUCCGAAUGCUUCCUGUGCCCUGGCUGGUCUAGCGGUAAUGCCGCAGCCUCUGGCACAUAUGUGUACAGUGUUGGCUAGGGGUGUAAUGGUUCACCAAACCCACAGUUCGGUACCUAUUGCGGUUUUAGGGUCACGGUUCAGUUUUGGUACAACGAGAACAUUUUAAUGCCAUUCACAAUGUUUAGCAUUCACAAUGUUUCUUGGCAUUGUCUGUUGAGACAGGAUUGUUAUGUUGGGCCUCUCAAGUUUCCACACUGAUGCUGCAUUUGUAACCAUGUGGGAGGUGGGAAUUUACCAGUUGUGAGGUCGUAAAUACCAGUUAGAGGCAUUAAUGUGAUUUGGACUCGUUGAGGAACGCUGAUUGGCUAAUGACCAACAAACUGCGUCAACUAUAGACUAAAAGUACAGCUAUCAUGCUUAAAAAAAAAAUAUAGAGUAAAAAAAAAAAUUGAUUGAUUUUUAUAAAUCUUGUUUUGUUGUUGCAUUGAACUGCUGAAAAUGCUGUUAUAGAGGCCGUUUCCUUAGUAGGUGAUGUCAGAGGUCACCAUGUGGGAGAAGUGGGUGCUCAGAAUGAUAGAUGAGUUUCCCACUAGUAAUUACCAGUUGGAGGGCCAUUUAAGUGGUUUUUUCCCAGUCAUAUGUGGUAAAUUCCCUCUUCCCAUAUGGUUACGAACGCACCAUGACAACGCACUUGUGACUCUCAUAAAGGGGGCGUGUCUGUAGCACAGUACAUCUCCAAUCCGGGGUAAUGUGAUGGGCUGUCACUUUUAAGGAAGCACAACACCGGGUGCAUUGGCCAAUUCAUUGAAAACUUUGUCUUUGGCUUGCUUAUACAGAGCGGGUACUAGCUGUUUGCUGAAAUGAGUGCAAGAGGGAAGUUGGUGAUGUUGCUCGAGCACUUUCACGAGGUGCUGAAACACCCUAUUCUCAACCACUGAGAAUGGGCUCAUAUCCGCGGCUAUAAACCAAAGACUGUAAAAAAAUAUGAACAUAGCCCACCUAUCACUCUUGUAAUUUCUUUGGCCCAGUCAGAAUCUGCUGCCAAGGGCAGAGGGGAGACAAUGUUGUGUUGUUGAUUCUUUGCGUUUCCGUCUUGCUCCGGUAUACUGGGGUGAUGUCGGCGUAAAUGUGUCAACAUAUUUGAGUUGUUGGCAGCUGCAUAGGCUAUUCUCGUUGCACGUAGCGGCAUACUGUUAACUUUUUUAUCCACAACUCUCUGUCCAUCACCGUUGUAAUCUACUGGGAGUCUCCUCACAAAAUGACAGUUUUAAAAUGUGCCAAUUUUGAUUACCACCGUGCACGUACGCUCUAGACUGGGCCAAAGAAAUCCCGGAGUCGCCUCUUCACUGUUGACGUUGAGACCGGUGUUUUGCGGGUACUAUUUAAUGAAGCUGCCAGUUUGCGCUGUUCUGUGAAGGGAGUAGUACACAGCGUUGUACGAGAUCUUCAGUUUCUUGGCAAUUUCUCGCAUGGAAUAGCCUUCAUUUCUCAGAACAAGAAUAGACUGACGAGGUUCAGAAGAAAGUUAUUUGUUUCUGGCCAUUUUGAGCCUGUAAUUGAACCCACAAUUGCUGAUGCUCCAGAUAAUCAACUAGUCUCAAGAAGGCCAGUUUUAUUGCUUCUUUAAUCAGCACAACAGUUUUCAGCGGUGCUAACAUAAUUGCAAAAGUGUUUUCUAAUGAUCAAUUAGCCUUUUAAAAUGAUAAACUUGGAUUAGCAAACACAACGUGCCAUUGGAACACAGGACUGAUGGUUGCUGAUAAUGGGCCUCUGUAUGCCUAUGUAGAUAUUCCAUAAAAAAUCAGCCGUUUCCAGCUACAAUAGCCAUUUACAACAUUAACAAUGUCUACACUGUAUUUCGGACCAAUUUAAUGUUAUUUUAAUGGACCAAAAAAUUGAUUUUCUUUCGAAAACAAGGCAAGUUCUAUGUGACGCCAAACUUUUGAACGGUAGUGUAUAUAUUGAAAUAAUUCAUCAUUCUGUGCCCCUUCCUUGAGAGAAGCCAGGAGGAUCUCCCUCAAUACUGAUCUGUGUGUGUUUGUGAGCUGAUCUGUGUGUGUCGCCCCCUGCAGGCAGUGAGCUGAUUAAUUGUGUGGUCAGCCACCCCUCUGAGCCCAUCUCCAUCACCGCACACGAGAAUCGCACUAUCCGCUAUCUCGACAACAAGACAGGUCAGCCCCUCUCCACUGCUAAGUCCUAUCUUUAUGUAACUACGCCAGAAUUAGGCCUCGUGCUUGAUCUGUUUUAUCUGGGUCGAACUAGCCCAUAGCGCCAUAACUUGUUUUGAUCAUUUAAUGAAAUUAAAUUGAAUGCCCAUCUGUGUGUGUUACCAGGUAAAGUGAUCCACUCCAUGGUGGCACACCUGGAUGCAGUCACCUGUCUGACCACGGACCCCAAAGGCACUUACCUCAUCUCUGGCAGUGAGUACCCUGUCUUGUAUUGGAACUCUAACCCAGUGUUUCUUAAUCCUGGUCCUGGGGACCAAAAGGGCUGCAAUUGUUUUUGUUUUUGCCCUAGCACUACACACCUGAUUCCACUAAUCAAAGGUUUGAUGAUGAGUUGAUUAGUCGUGGAAUCAGGUGUGUAGUGCUAGGGUAAAAACAACAACAAUUGCAGCCCAUUUGGGUCCCCAGGAGCAGGAAACACUGUUUCUAAACACAUAACAUUGAUCCAAGAUGGCGCCGGAGGAGAUAGCUGCCGUUUUCCGGCCCUCUAACCAAUUGUACUAUUAUGUGUGUUUUUUCGCGUUAUUUGUAAUUUAUUCUGUACAUGAUGUUUCUGCCACCAUCUCUUAUGACCAAAAAGAGCUUCUGGAUAUCAGGACAGCGAUUACUCAACUCGUAUUGGACGAAUACGUUUUCUUCAAUGAGUCGGACGCAAAGGAUAUUCUAUAGACACCCGACAAGGCCCAAAUCCCCGUCAUUCGCAUGAAAAAGAGACAGAGAUAUCAUGGACGUAGGCCUUGUAAGGAUCCGACGGCGAGCGAAUAAACUGCCUCUUCCAUCAAUCCUAUUAGCCAAUGUUCAAUCGUUUGAAAAUAAAUUGGACGACCUAAGCUCAAGGUUAUCCUACCAACGGAAUAUUAAAAACUGUAAUAUCUUAUGUUUCACCGAGUCGUGGCUGAACGACGACAUGGAUAACAUACAGCUGGCGGGAUAUACGUUACAUUGGCAGGAUAGAAUGGCUGACUCCUGUAAGACAAGGGGUGGCGGUCUGUGUAUAUUUGUAAACAACAGCUGGUGCAUAAAAUCUAAUACUAAGGAAGUCUCGAGGUAGAGUAUCUCAUGAUAAGCUGCAGACCACACUAUUUACCAAGAGAGUUUUCGUCUAUAUUUUUCGUAGCUGUCUAUUUACCACCACAAACCGAUGCUGGCACUAAGAUUGCACUCAAUGAGCUAUAUAAGGCCAUAAGCAAACAUAAAAACGCUCAUCCAGAGGCAGCGCUCCUAGUGGCCGGGGACUUUUAAUGCAGGGAAACUUAAAUCCGUUCUACUUGAUUUCUACCAGCAUGUUAAAUGUGCAACCAGAGGUAAAAAAAACUCUAGACCACCUUUACUCCACAUACAGAGACGCGUGCAAAGCUCUCCCUCGCCCUCCAUUUGGCAAAUCUGACCAUAACUCUAUCCUUCUGAUUCCUGCUUAUAAGCAAAAACUAAAGCAGGAAGCACCAGUGACUCGGUUAAUAAGGAAGUGGUCAGAUGAUGCAGAUGCUAAGCUACAGGACUGUUUUGCUAGCACAGACUGGAAUAUGUUCCAGGAUUCUUCCGAUAGCAUUGAGGAGUACACCACAUCAGUCACUGGCUUCAUCAAUAAGUGCAUCGAUGACGUCGUCCCCACAGUGACCGUACCUACAUAUUCCAACCAGAAGCCAUGGAUUACAGUCAACAUCCGCACUGAGCUGAAGGGUAGAGCUGCCGCUUUCAAGGAGCGGGACUCUAACCCGGACCCUUAUAAGAAAUCCCGCUAUGCCCUCUGACGGACCAUCAAACAGGCAAAGUACAGGACUAAGAUUUAAUUGUACUACACCGGCUCUGACGCUCAUCAGAUGUGGCAGGGCUUGCAAACUAUUACAGACUACAAAGGGAAGCAGAGCCGCGAGCUGCCCAGUGACACAAGCCUACCAGACACGCUAAAUCACUUCUAUGCUCGCUUCAAGGCAAGCAACACUGAAGCAUGCAUAAGAGCAUCAGCUGUUCCGGAUGACUGCGAUCACGCUCUCCGUAGCUGAUGUGAGUAAGACUUUUAAGCAGGUCAACAUUCGCAAUGCCGCAGGGCCAGACUGAUUACCAGGACAUGUACUCAGAGCAUGCGCUGACCAACUGGCAAGUGUCUUCACAGACAUGUCCGUGACUGAGUCUGUAAUACCAACAUGUUUCAAGCAGACAACCAUAGUCCCUGUGCCCAAGAACACUAAGAUAACCUACCUAAAUGACUACCAACCCGUAGCCAUGAAGUGCUUUGAAAGGUUGUUCAUUGCUCACAUCAACACCAUUGUCCCAGAAACACUAGACCCACUCCAAUUUGGAUACCUCCCCAACAGAUUCACAGAUGAUGCAAUCUCAAUUGCACUCCACACUGCCCUUUCCCACCUGGACAAGAGGAACACCAACGUGAGAAUGAUAUUCAUUGACUACAGCUCAGCAUUCAACACCAUAGUGCCCUCAAAGCUCAUCACUAAGCUAAGGACCCUGGGACUAAACACCUCCCUCUGCAACUGGAUCCUGGACUUCCUGACGGGCCACCCCCAUGUGGUAAGGGUAGGUAAAAACACAUCUGCCACGCUGAUCCUCAACACGGGGGCCCCUCAGGGGUGCGUGCUCAGUCCCUUCCUGUACUCCUUGUUCACCCAUGACUGCAUGGCCAGGCACGACUCCAACACCAUCAUUAAGUUUGCCGAUGACACAACAGUGGUAGGCCUGAUCACCGACAAUGAUGAGACAGCCUAUAGGGAGGUCAGAGACCUGGCCGUGUGGUGCCAGGAUAACAACCUCUCCCUCAACGUGAUCAAGACAAAGAAGAUGAUUGUGGACUACAGGAAAAAUAAGAGGACUGAGCACGCCCCCAUUCUCAUCGACAGGGCUGUAGUGGAACAGGUUGAGAAGUUCAAGUUCCUUUGUGUCCACAUCACCAACAAACUAUCAUGGUCCAAACACACCAAGACAGUCGUGAAGAGGGCACGACAAAGCUUAUUCCCCCUCAGGAGACUGAAAAGAUUUGGCAUGGGUCCUCAGAUCCUCAAAAGGUUAUACAGCAUCGAGAGCAUCCUGACUGGUUGCAUCACUGCCUGGUAUGGCAACUGCUCGGCCUCCGACCGCAAGACACUACAGAGGGUAGUGCGUACGGCCCAGUGUUUCACUGGGACCAAGCUUCCUGCCAUCCAGGACCUCUAUACCAGGCGGUGUCAGAGGAAGGCCCUAAAAAUUGUCAGACUCCAGUCACCCUAGUCAUAGACUCUUCUCUCUGCUACCGCACGGCAAGCGGUACCGGAGCGCCAAGUCUAGGUCCAAAAGGCUUCUUAAAAGCUUCUACCCCCAAUCCAUAAGACUCCUGAACAGCUAGUCAUGGCUACCCAGACUAUUUGCAUUGUUCUAUUACGCUGCUACUCUCUGUUUAUUAUCUAUGCAUAGUCACUUUAACUCUACCCACAUGUACAUAUUACCUCAAUUACCUCGACUAACCGGUGCCCCCGCACAUUGACUCUGUACCGGUACCCCCUGUAUUUAGCCUUGCUAUUGUUAUUUUAUUUUACUGCUGCUCUUUCAUUAUUUGCUAUUUUUAUUUUUUACUUAUCUAUAUUUUACUUAACACUUUAUUAUUAUAUAUAUAUUUUUUGCUGUAUUGUUGGCUAAGGGCUUGUAAGUAAGCAUUUCACUGUAAGGUCUACACCUGUUGUAUUCGGUGCAUGUGGCAAAUAAAAUUUCAUUUGAUUUGAUGAUUCCGCUGUACUCGGACUGUGCUCUCUGCUUCCCCCUGCAGGCCAUGACUGUUCGGUGCGUCUGUGGAUGCUGGACAACAGGACGUGUGUGCAGGAGAUCACGGCCCACAGGAAGAAGCAUGACGAGGCCAUUCACGACGUGGCCUUCCACCCCUCGCAGCCCUUCAUCGCCUCGGCCGGCGCCGACGCACUCGCCAAGAUCUUCGUCUGA